GUUACUUUAUUCUCUGGGAUUGUCUCCUUGGUCCUUAUCAUCUCCAUUCUGCUCAUAGCUGCUGAAUUCCAAGAGUGCUUUGUCAGUAGCAUCAUUUUAUCAAAACUUUAUGUUUGGUCAGCUCUUAUGGCCUAAGGCUUUGGCUACUUCAGGUGCUAAUGCUGAACCAGCAGUGCUAAACAAGAGGCAGAAGAAUACAGUUCAUCAGUUUCUGCUGUAAUGUCAGCAGUGAGCUGCCCAGGACCCCCGUGCCUCCAUCAGGUCCCUCCCACGGUUCUGCACGCUCCCUGUAUUCCCAAACCUUCCUGUAUUCCUCCACCGUCCUGUAUUCCCAUACAUUUCCUGUAUUCCCAUUCUUUGCCUGUAUUCCCACUCUUUUCCUGUUUUCUCUCACGUUCCCUGUAUUCUCACAAAUUCCCUGCAUUCCCGCACCCUCCCGUAUUCCCAUUCUUUCCCUGUAUUCCCACACUUUCCCUGCAUUCCCGCGCCCUCCCAUAUUCCCGCACGCCCGGCCGCGCUCCUGCCGCCGCAGCCGAGUGUGCCCGGGGGCAGAGCAGAGCCAGCCCGUGUUUGCGGCCGUGCCCGGCACCGGCGGCAGCCAUGGACACGGCGUGGCCAAAGGUCACCUGCACCGCCCCGGAGCGCCGCCAUACCCUCCCGCCGUGCGGAAUCGGUUCUUCUUUCGCCUGGCGCCGGGAGGGGAAGCGCGGGGUGAGUGCUGCGGAGCGUGAGCUGGGCCCUGCUGGGGACAGCCCUGCGAGAGCGCUGCCAUGGCCCGGCAGGAGCGGGAGAAGAGCCUGGCAGAGCAGAAGGUAGCCGGCAUCUCCCGGAGGUUCUCCUUCCUGGAUGCCGACCAGCCCCGAGCUGGCGGCCAGGCCCGCAGCUCCCAUCUCUGGGCAGCCACCCUGGGGAGGAGGGAGCGUUUCCAUACGCUGCAGAGGAUGGACACCAACAAAAACAUCGACUGGGGCAGGCACAGUCUGGGGAGCUGGGGUAGGGCUUCAAGCAGGUUCUCCGUUAGCCCCAGCAGUACCCGGAGGAAGGAGCUGAAGGAAAUCCUCCUGCAGACCAACAGCCCUGGCAGCACCAUGCGGUUUGCCACUGCAAAGAAGACAUCCAGCAGCAGCAGUGUUCCUGCAGGGCUGCACCAAGAGCAGAAGCCUGAGCAGAGCCCUGAUCUGCUGCCCCUUGUCCUUGAUCCCCUGGAGCACGCGUGGCUGCUGACGGUGGCCGAGGGUGAUGCAGACAGCAUCAUCAAGCUGCUGGACCUGGAUCCCAGCCUGCUGACCAGGAGAGACUUUGUGACAGGCUUCACUGCUCUCCACUGGCUUGCGAAGCAUGGCCACCAUGAGAGCUUCAUCCAGGUCAUCUCCUAUGCCCAGAAGAAAGGCUACCCUGUCAACAUGAACAUCCCCACAGCCAGUGGUGGGCUCACCCCUUUGCACCUGGCUGCCUUGCAGGGACACGAGGUGCUCAUCAAGGUGCUGGUGGGAGCUUAUGGGGCAGACACCAGCUGCAGGGACCACAACGGGCGCAAGGCUUGGCAGUACCUGCCAGCAGACACCUCCAGGGACCUGAAGGAGCUGGCAGGGGCCUUGGAGGAGGACUUGGUCCAGCUGCAGUCUCACAACACCAACAACAACUGUAAGUCAUCCAGAGAGGCUGGGGCUGGGCAAGACUCUGUGGACUCCGGGGCUGAGGGAAAAGCCCAGCACUCCUGGAGGCUGUCGACCCUCCGAGGCUUUGUUAGACAGGCAUUUGCUUUCUUCCAUGAGCGCUGAAGCUCUCCUGGCUCCAUUCACCGGUAAACCCAUGCUGGAUAGCAGCCAGAAAAGCCUGUGAGGAGCUGGGAACUUGGGUGCUCAAAAUCCUGGCCAAGUGAGGGUUAAGCCAUGGCAUCAUGGCCACCCUGGGUCUUGUGGUCUUUUGGGGCUGUUCUGGUGUGUGUGUGUGGAGUAUCCCAAUGGCCACUGGGAGCAGUACCUUGGGACAGCCCUUCCCAAAAUCUGCUGUCUGCAGAGGGGGUUUUGGCCUUGUGGAUGGAGACUCCUUGUUGCAUCCCAGCAGAUCCCCAUGGUUGGGGCUCACAUGUCAGCUGUGCUGUGGGGAGCUGCUCCAACACCCCAUAUGCCCACAGGAGGAUGCUGACCCACCAUGUGUCGAUCCCAUGCUGCAAAUGCUUUCCAGCUCCCUGUGAGAUCCCCUGAUCUCUGCCAUAUGCACCUUCUCUGGGUUGAUGUUUGUUUAUGACAGUUGAUUAUAAAGCUGAUUCUCAGUAGAGUAAGAGCUAAGGGUCCUGUUUGUGAGAAGAGUCCAAGCCAAGAGAAGCCUUUCAAAGUGCAAAACAACUCACACUGGCAGCCCUUCCCUUGAGAUCCCCAUCCUAGGAAGCCUGAAAUGAUCAACCUCAUUAGAAAUGGGAGCCAGAGCAAAGGAGGCAGGAGGGACACCAGGGCAGCAUGUGGUGGCUCCUGUGGGGAUUAGAGUUCAGGAACAGUUCCAGAUGAUUCAUUCUCAGAAACUGUGGAAAAGGUAUGUGAAGGCUGUGAGAUUGAGAUUAUUUUUAUUGCUACUGAGAUCAUGCUCAAAAGUUAAACCGAUGAACAUUUCUGCAGCAGCAUAACAGUGUGUGUAUGUCUUACAUUAAAAGGGCAAAGCCUCUG